AGAGAAAGAUGGCCACGCUGUCACGUGCGGAGCUCCGCUCGUGGUCCCCGGGGGAGGACCGCCAGAGCGGAGACAGCUCGCACUCCGACGACGAGCCCUACGAGAAUGGCCAUAGUUAUUCCCUGGGCGGCGUAAGUCCGUCAGCGAAGUCUCAAAGGAGACGUGGCGGCGAGGGCGAAGACGCGGCCACGCGCGCCGCUCGCCGCGCGGCCUGGAGAGCGGCCAGGCUACGCUCCUUGGAACAGGAGGCAAUCGAGUCACAGAAAGUGAUAAAAAGCCUCGUGGGCCCAGCCAAUGAGAUCAUUGGCGAAGUGCCACCAAGGGACAAAUCUCCGUCCGAGAAAUGGCCUCUACCACGUAUCGCAUUACGUACAAAACCGGGGCCUAUACUAGCGGUGAAGGAGAAAGAAAAAUUGUUAGACGAGCGCAUAACACUUCGCACCGAGGAGUAUGUGUGCCCCACCACCGGCGAGACUAAAGUGCGGACAGUCGAAUACAUUGAGAAAGUGAUUGAAAAAGAGGUGGAGACAACGCAAGAGAAAAUUAUAUCAUUGGAAUUGACCACUAGUCCGAGUAGCGAGACGGCGCCAGACCUUGACGACGGUGGGAUGAGUUUAGGGGAGGUCGACGGGGCCGAAACCUCGCUCCAACCCGACAUAGUUCAAGUCGUCAACCCGCUAUUGGACGGCGGCGCCGGUCGCGUCACCACCAUCCCCGUGGGCCCUUCGCAACGCCUCACCGCAUACACCGACCAACCGCAGUAGAUCUCCGCACAUCGCACAUGACAUCGACAUUGCAACACUAUCCCGCGACUCGAAGUCGAAAACGAACUCGAUAGUAGAUUUCUUCAACGAAACGAACAGCGACAUGUCACUUAACGAGUUUCCAUCUACUUUAUGUAUUAUGAACUGUGAUAAUAACUUUAGAAUUCCACCGACUUCUUGUGUUACAUAAUGGGGCGACUUGAAGAAAUCCACCAACGAGGUACAUUUAUUAUGCAUUUUAUUAUUAUCACAAUUUUUAUUUUUUUAUUCUUAUGAUUUUGCGACGGAGAUUUUAGAAUUACGAUAAGUAACUUUCUAUUUUUAAAUAGAUCAUUAUUCUUGGAAUACUUUACGUAUUUAAUUUUAAUGAUGUUUUUCAUUCCGUGCAAGUUUUAAUGUUUGACUGUAGAUGAUGCUGUACCUGCUAUGAAAGUUAGGGGAUAUGAUUGAUGCUUCGCAACCUAAAACAUAAGGGUGCGAGUACAUGAAGGAUAUUGUAUUGUAAAUACCAUCGAUUUAUCGCAGUAUUAAAGCUGUCGGCUCAUUGUAAGUGUACAAAACGUUGGCAUCACAUGGUGACAGGCAACAUCGGUAAACUUGUCUUAUUUAUAAUAAUUUCUUAGUUUACUUUUAAAUCUACAUGUGCAUUGUUAUUAAUUCGUGCAGUAUUUGUGUUUACUGGUGUUCUAGUAUUUUUAUAAUUUAAUAAUUUAGCGUUUUUAGUUUCUAUAUGUAUGUGGUGCCUUAUUUUUCUCAAAUGGAUUCUAUGCAAUGUUCUUAUUUUAUUAUUUAAUGUUACAUUUUAAUCAGCAAUAUUUGAAUUUUAUUUUAUUUCAGUGGCAAUAUUUGUGUACUGCUGUACAAAAUUAAUUUAAAUUGUUGCAUUUUAACCAGAAGCGAAUAGCUGUAAAAAGUGAAAAUUGUUUAUCCUAUCUAUCGUCAUUAAUCUCAUCAAAAUGUAUAUUUCCGCUGUUGAAUGUAUGGAAUUGUAAUAGCGUUUGAUUCAUAUUUAAAUGGAUGAAUUUCGGUGUAACGAUUGAAAGAAUGUUUUUUAUGUGUGUCCUUUAUACAUUUCUAAGGCUCUGUAGCGAUAUGUGAAUUGUAAACUAAUGAAAAUAUUGUAUGUUUGUCCCAAUUAAAUGGUUUAAUAUAUAUUUUAAUAAAAUUAA